GGUGCCUGCUGCUGGAGGUUGGACUCUGAGUGGAUCAUCUACUGAAGGGUCAGUUCUUGUUCCUGCAGGUGAAAUCAAACACCUGUUGCCCGAGGAGUUUGAUCCAGAGAGAAAGAAACAGUUCGUGUUUCAGUGGAAGGAGAGACGCUGAUGAUGGAAUAAAGUUUACGCUGACACACAGGCUGCUGCAGCAACAGGAGCUGGAGUUCAUCUGGUCGAAGAAAAAGAGGAGAAGCAGGAGCUGGAGCUGCAGAGUGAAGAUGCUGAAGUGAGUGACGAUGGCCCCACAGACACAUGCACACGUCCUCCUCGUCUUUGCUGCUGCUCUCAGCCUCAUCUCAGUGAGUGCUGAAAGUCUUCAUCAGUCAGAGGUUCGUAGAAGAGCCGGAGCACAUGUGGAGCUGGAAUGUGUUUUUCCUUCAAACUCCCACAUGGACGUGACGUCAGCGUCUCUCCACGUCGUGGAAUGGGUUCGACAAGGACUCGACGUUCCUGUUCUCAUCAAAUUUGGAUCCUACCCUCCCAGAGUUCACCCAGAGUAUGAAGGGCGAGCCUCCCUGCGUGACGUCACCUCCCUGAGUCUGGACGACCUUCGGGUGGAGGAUCAGGGUUGGUACGAGUGUCGGAUCCUGGUUCUGGACCGGCCCACAGAGGAGCUGAAGAACAGCAGCUGGACUCUGCUGUCUGUCACCGCCCCGCCCACCUUCAAGGAAGCCCCGCCCUCUGUUGUAGAGGUUCUAGUUGGAGCUGAUGUCAGUCUCUCCUGUGCUGUCAUUGGAAAUCCCACCCCCAUUAUCACCUGGUUAAAGGAUGGUAGUUUGAUUCCCAGGGAAGACUAUCAGGGCGGCAGUCUAUCUCUGCAGGCAGUGAGUGUCAGGUCAGUGGGACAGUACACCUGCCAUGCCUCGAACGUGGAGGGAAAUGUCAGUCAUGUGACCGCAGUCAAAGUCAAAGGUCCACCUGUCAUUGUUGUCCCUCCUAAAAGCACCUCCCGCAACAUGUCCCAGGAUGCACUGCUGCGAUGCCAGGCAGUGGCCGACCCCCCCAACAUGACCUACGUUUGGCAGAAAGACGGGGAAAAUGUUCAUCACAUCGAUUCUUUAAUGAGGAGGGUGAAGAUUAUGGUGGAUGGAACGCUGCUCAUCUCCAAUCUGCUCCCUGAGGAUUCUGGGAACUACACCUGUAUGCCCAGCAAUGGGCUGCUGACUCCGCCCACUGCCUCCGCCUACCUGACUGUGAUGCAUCCAGCUCUGGCUCUUCUGAUGCCUCAGGAAACAUUUCUGCCCACGGGUCUGAGCGGCGUCGUGUCCUGUCCAACAGCAGCUCUGCCUCCACUGACGGAUGUCCACUGGACUAAAGACGGGCAACUUCUGGACCUGCAAAUGUUCCCAGGCUGGAGUCUGAGAACGAACGGUUCUCUGUUCAUGGCCACAGUGAAUGAUGACGCAGCAGGAGUUUACAGCUGUACUCCCUACAACAGCUACGGAACCAUGGGUCCAUCUGAGUCCACUCAGGUGAUCCUGCAGGAUCCUCCGUCACUCACCAUAGCUCCGCAGAAACAGUACCAACAAGAGGCUGGGACCACGCUGCUGAUUCCCUGUCAGGGAACCGAUGAUGCGUUCACUCACAUCUCCUGGAAAAAAGUGGAUACAACUCGUCGUAUCACAUUCUCUAUGGAACCAAAUGGUUCUCUACUGCUGCAGCCUCUUGCGAAGGACCACCAGGGGGCGUGGGAAUGCAGUGUUGAAAACCGCGUUGCUUCAGUGAAGGCCACAACCAACGUUUUUGUCCUGGGAACCAGUCCUCAUCCAGUCUCUUCUCUGUCUGUCUCUGUGGGACAGAAGCUCGUCAACGUGUCCUGGGAACCAGGUUUUGACGGAGGAUCAUCUCAGACCUUCUCCGUCUGGGUGAAGAAGGUUUCAGGAGGUGCUGGUGCUGACAGUGGUCCAGAUGAAGGUGAAGGUCAGCCUGGAUGGUUUUCUGUUCCUGUCCCCUUGUCCUCUGGGUCCAGUGUGCAGGUGACAGACCUGUGUCCAGCCACAGAAUAUCAGAUCAGUGUCAUGUCCCACAACAGACUGGGAACUGGACCCUUCAGUCAGGUCAUCACCGUCAGAACCCUGGAUCCCGCAGCCAGCAGAGGAAAACCCAGUCCACCCAGGUCUCUUUCGGCCGACCUGACCUCACGGGGUGUUCUUCUGAAGUGGCCCCUCCCUGCACCUGAGGAUCCUCCAAUCACAGGCUUUGUCCUUCAGUCCUGCUGUCAGGAGGGACAGUGGUCCAACUUGGUGGACAACAUCAGCGCUAAUGUCACGGAGCUGCUGGUUCCUGGUCUACAGAAGGACAGUGUGUACGAGCUGCGGCUGCUGUCUCGCGGUGCUGAGGAUCUGCUGAGUGAGCCCGGUCCAUCAGUCAAUGUCUCCACUGCAGGCAUGGAGCUCUUCAUUGGUUCAUCUCGUCAGCUGGAGUUCGUCCCUGAGCCCCUGUUGGCUGGAGUACUGGGAGGAGUGGGCUUCAUGUUCCUGCUCCUGGUCCUACUGCUUAGCGCUGCCUGCAUCAUUAGCCACAAGAGGAACCGACGCAGAAGGAGGAACGAUCCUCCUCUGGCUCCGUCCGUCUACAAAUGCUCUCCAUCACUAAAGACCCCAGGGAGUCCAGACAGUGUUCUGAAGAAGAGCCUGCUCCCCACCAACAACCUUUACCCCACCAUCUCCUCCUCCUGUUCCUCCUCCUCCUCACACACAGACCACCGUUUCUUCUCCACCACUGAUCAUCAGCAGCAUCAGCAUCAGCAGCAGCAUCAGCAGCGGCAUCAGCAGCACAGGCGUUGUCUUACCAGAACAACUUCAACACCCAUUUCUGCUAAUAUUGAGUUGAUCUCUCGGGGUCCUGACGGACGCUUCACGCUCCCUCAAUAA